AUGAUGGCCGCCAUGCCCAUCGCUGAUGUGCAUCCGGUACACGACCUGCACCUCCGGCAACAACAGCAACAGCAACAGCAACGCCAGCGCAACUGCUUUCAGUUUCCCACCAAAAUCAUCCUGCUUCUCGUCAUUGGCUUCAUCUACCUCUUUGUGGGGGGUGCCGUCAUGUCCAGCCUCGAGAUUGAUUCGGAACGCCGCGCCGAAACGACGUUUGCCAACAUGAUCACCGAUGCGCUUGCUGAAGCCAACCUGUCUAGCGAACAGUCAUUGCGAGUGCGCACCCUCAUCUCGGACCUCGACAGCCUACGACGCUCCGUCGUCACGCACGGCCGUGAAGACUGGACCUUUGCUGGCUCUGUGUAUUACUGCCUCACCGUGGUCACCACCAUCGGCUAUGGCUGGAUGGCCCCCAAAACCAUUGGUGGACAAAUCUUUUCCAUCUUCUAUUCCAUCAUUGGCAUUCCCCUCGUGUUCUACAUGUUUGCCUACCUGGGCCGCAAGAUCAUGGACAUUAUCGGCUUUCGCAUUGCCAGGCACGCCGUCGCCCUCUCGCUCCCCCUUGUUUUUGUUUUCUUGCGGGAGGGCAAGGAAUUCAAGCGCAAGCAGCUUCAGGAUGACUCGGUCAUCUUGCCUUUUGUCGUAGCCGUCCUCAUUGCCACCGUCCUCAUUUGUGCCUUUGCUGCCAUUUACUUUCAAGAGUCAGUGCCACACUCACUUUUGCGCAUGCAUAGCCCCUUCCCCUCCAACUCCGGUCCUGCUGACUCUCGAUGCCCGGAGCAUCGUCGCUCAUUGACCGCCCUUCCUCUUGCCAUGGUCUUACUCAGAGAGGGUUGGAGCUAUUUUGAAAGCGUUUACUUUGUAUUUAUUACCAUGACCACCAUUGGCUUUGGUGACUACGUCCCGAACUUUGACGACCGUUGGUGGCCCUUGGUUCUCUAUGUGGCCGGUAUCUUUUUGGCCCUUAGCGUGUACUCAUAUCUGCUCAACGUCGCCAUUGUCCUCUUCACUAAAAUGAUCGAGUCCAUGGCCGAAGCUGGCGUCAGUGCCAUGGACGUAGCUGGCCAAGGCCACGUUUUGACAUACAUCAUCGGGCAAACCAAGGCGAAGCGCCGCGAGUUUCAGACGCGCAGCAUUUUAUACCCAUUCCUACACGGCAACCUUGAUCGCGUUGACAAAGCGAGCUUACUGACAGUCUGGGGACUUUUCCUGCAUAACACUACUCGCCAGCACUUUCGCAUGGCCAAGAAUAUCACGCUCAUGGUCGUCCUUGGUGGUCCGGGCUCGGGCAAGUCGACCAUCUGCAAAGCCCUGGCUACACACGACAACGUGGUGCACAUUUCGGCCGAGGAGCUAGUGUUGUUAGAGAUGGCGGAAGACACGUUUCAAGCCAAAGUCAUCCGCGCUGCUGUUCAAGAAGGCUUCUUGCUGCCCGAUGGCUUGCUUGAGAGCCUUCUGCGCAAGGCUUUGAGUCAUGUACCGGACAAUUGUACCGUCUUGCUUGAGGGUUGCCCCUUGAAUGUGGCACAAGCAGAGCUUUUAGAUCAACAGUUCAAGUUGGUGGAGCGGGCCCUAUAUUGUGCCGCAUCAGAGGAUGUCAUGGCUGAGCGCUUUUUGCGCGUGCAUCCACUUGCUGGGAUUCGCAACUUUUUGUCCCGGCCGCAACUGAGCGACAGUCAUUUAAACCAGCAUUUGCCGGAUGAGCAUGCCAUCUUGAUGGAUGAGUUUCACACAAUUCCCGUGAUGGACGCCAUGGAUCCGCACGGGCAGUGGCGGCUACGCAAGUCUCCCGAGGAAUUUCCACACAUGGCCAACUCCAGCAGCACAACCAGUACGAGCACGGCCACUUCGGAUGCUUGGACGGCAACGCGCUUGGUGAGCACAUCAUCGGCCUCUGGGGCGGGGCUAGCGCCUCCAAGCAUAAUGGUGGAGGGCGAUGGCAGUGCCAGCACAACGCAUGGGCCGUCGCGGGCACGCACCGACAGUACGCGUUUUGGGAGUGAGGACACAGAUUUGGACGCUUCGCAUGUAUUCACGGGGCGUGCGGAGCGACCGGGGACCGUGACCUCGACGUCCCCCUCGCUCAGCCAUCUGGACCACCUUUUGAGCCGAGUGCGGAACCAGGCCCCACCGCGCAAGAAACUGUUUAGUGGUUCGGCCACCAAGGUACAGCAGAGCUUGGACACCGUGCGGCGGGCCUUGGUUGACAUGCCGCAUUUGCCCUUUGUGUCACCACAAGAGCAGAAUGAGAUUUUUGGUCACCUUCUCUAUCAGUUUCGGGCCAGCCGAGACGUGUUGUUGGAGUACUAUCGGGACCGUUUGUUCGUGGUGGACGCUGACGUGGAACUGGACGACAUGGUGAAGCAGGCCACCGCAGCGUUUACCUCCGAGGCUGAAAACUCGGUGCCCGAAGAUUUUUUGACGGGCCACGGGUUCAGCGUGCGCCCCACGGCCGGUCUGCCCUUUCGACGAGUGGACUCGCUGGGUCGGGUGCGUGUGAGUAUGGAGCGCGUGGGCAGUACCACGUCCCUUCCAGACUUGUCCGAGUCCACGACCCACCUGCCGCCUGGAACGAGCAGCAAGGCUGGGGGUCGGCGAUCAUCCAGCAACUCGGUGGCGCACUCACGGCAAGCAUCGCGCCCCGUGUCACGCCACAACUCGGGAGCGUCGCAUCGCGGUGGCACCGGGGUGCACCACCGCGGCAUAGCUCUCUCCAACGGCGAAAGUAUAGGCAGCCUGGUGGAGGAGGAGCGACGAUAA